AUGGGUGCUUGUUGUAGUUGCUUAGGUAAUGCAAAUGGAGAUGGUAGUCAAAAUCAAUUAUUAUUAGCAGAAAAUGAAAGAGAAGCUAUAUCUGCAUUAUUACAAUAUUUGGAGAAUAGAUCUGAUGUAGAUUUCUUUAGUAAUGGACCAUUAAGGGCUUUAAGUACAUUAGUUUAUUCUGAAAAUAUUGAUUUACAAAGAAGUGCUGCAUUAGCAUUUGCAGAAAUUACAGAAAAAGAUGUAAGGGAAGUUAAUAGAGAUGUUUUAGAACCAAUAUUAAUUUUAUUACAAUCAACAGAUUCUGAAGUUCAAAGAGCUGCUUGUGGAGCAUUAGGAAAUUUGGCAGUUAAUACUGAAAAUAAAAUUUUAAUAGUUGAAAUGGGUGGAUUAGAACCAUUAAUUAGACAAAUGAUGUCAACUAAUAUUGAAGUACAAUGUAAUGCUGUGGGAUGUAUAACGAAUUUAGCUACUCAAGAUGAUAAUAAAUCAAAAAUUGCUAAAAGUGGGGCAUUAAUUCCAUUAACAAAAUUAGCAAAACUGAAAGAUAUUAGAGUACAGAGAAAUGCUACGGGGGCAUUAUUAAAUAUGACACAUCUGGGUGAAAAUAGACAUGAGUUAGUCAAUGCUGGUGCAGUUCCUGUAUUAGUUUCUUUGUUAUCAAAUGAUGAUGCUGAUGUUCAAUAUUAUUGUACUACUGCUUUAUCAAAUAUAGCGGUUGAUGAAUCAAAUAGAAAAAAAUUAGCCAAUACAGAACCCAAAUUAGUAAGACAACUUGUAAAUUUAAUGGAUAGUCCGUCACCUAGAGUUCAAUGUCAAGCUACUUUAGCAUUAAGAAAUUUGGCAUCUGAUAGUGGAUAUCAAGUUGAAAUUGUUAGAGCUGGUGGUUUACCUCAUUUAGUUCAAUUAUUAACUUGUAAUCAUCAACCAUUAAUACUUGCAGCGGUUGCUUGUAUAAGGAAUAUUUCAAUUCAUCCAUUAAACGAAGCUUUAAUAAUUGAAGCUGGAUUCUUAAAACCAUUAGUUGAUUUAUUAGAUUAUACAGAUUCCGAAGAAAUUCAAUGUCAUGCUGUUUCAACAUUAAGGAAUUUAGCAGCAUCAAGUGAAAAAAAUAGAACAGCUUUGUUAGCAGCUGGGGCUGUUGAUAAAUGUAAAGAAUUAGUUUUGAAAGUUCCUUUAUCAGUACAAUCUGAGAUAUCGGCUUGUUUUGCAAUAUUAGCGUUAGCUGAUGAUUUAAAACCAAAAUUAUAUGAAUCUCACAUAAUAGAUGUCUUAAUACCACUAACUUUUUCAGAAAAUGGAGAAGUUUGUGGUAAUUCGGCUGCAGCUUUAGCAAACUUAUGUUCAAGAGUUUCAAAUGAUCAUAAGCAAUAUAUCUUAAAUAAUUGGCAACAACCCAAUGAAGGAAUUCAUGGUUUUUUAAUACGUUUCUUAGAGUCCGGAUCUGCUACAUUUGAACAUAUUGCAUUAUGGACUAUUUUACAAUUAUUAGAAUCAAAUAGUAUUGAAUUUAAUACUUUUAUAAAAGAAGAUGAAGCUAUAUUAACAGGAAUCAAAAAAAUGAGUAAUUCUCAACAACAAAUACAAGCACAACCAACUACAAAUAAUAAUAAUAAUAAUAAUAAUACUGAUGAAUAUGAAGAUCCUAAAGUCGAAUUAUAUAAUUUGACGCAACAGAUCUUACAAAUUUUGGGAUAA